CCUCCUCCUCAUAAUCAUCAUCAUCUUAUGCAUCUCCAGGCUGCAGAAAAGCGAUAUGAGGUCACAAGGAAACACUAAAAUUUAGCUUUUCACUUUCUCUGCUCUUUGAACGUUUCCUUUCGACUGAGACAUGAAGACUGCUGCUCAAAUUUAGGAUUUUUGUUCCUUAUAAUAGCAUUCUGUCCAUAUUUGACAUAUUUCAUAAAAUUUAUAAUGGGAGGGCGCGUGUUUGGCGCAUUUGGCACUUUUUACGCAUGCUUCUGUUUAUUUGUUGUGCUCCUGCAAAUUGCUAGCUCCCAGAGAAACCCGGGAGCGCAACCAAGAAAUGACCAUAGAGGAGCUUUUCGGCAGACGCUGCAGUGGUCUCACAACGGGAAGGUUUUCAGUCUUUUAAGCCAAGGCUCGGAGUACGUGCCGCCGAAGCGCAGGGGCGCAGCGCAAGAACAAGAGCAGGCGCGACCUGUCACCAUCAUCCGGGAUGCGGACGUGAGACAUCAGGAAGCCCGGAGUCAGCCACAGCAGCAGCAGCAGCAGCAGCCGCCCCGCAGCCUCCUUACGCUUGUGAGAGGGCAAGAACAUCGGGAGCAUCUUCACCGGGAACGACCCGCGGAGAGCACCGGGGCGCAGGGGAACCGCACUGUCAACGACACUCGAGAUGUCAAUGUCAGCCCGCCUCUACCCAGAGCCAGUGACAUGAUGGUCGGUGAUGAUCCAUACGAUCCUUACAAGUCCAUCGACUUUGACAAUCCAUAUUACAACCAUUAUGAUGUUUACGAGAGACCAAGACCGAGGUCAAGACCCGGAUAUGGUACAAGGUAUCAUCAGUAUGGUCUUCCUGAUCUUGUGCCAGAUCCAUACUACAUUCAAGCCUCUGCUUAUGUCCAAAGAGCACCAAUGUACAACCUGAGAUGUGCAGCUGAGGAAAACUGUUUGUCAAGCUCAGCCUAUCGAGCGAGAGACUACGACACCAGAGUGCUGCUGAGGUUUCCUCAGAAAGUCAAGAACCAAGGCACAGCUGACUUCCUGCCCAGCAGGCCACGCUACUCCUGGGAGUGGCACAGCUGCCACCAGCACUACCACAGCAUGGACGAGUUCAGCCACUAUGAACUGCUGGACUCCUCUACUCAGCGGUCGGUGGCAGAGGGCCACAAGGCUAGCUUCUGCUUGGAAGACACCUCCUGUGACUAUGGAUACUACCGGAGAUAUGCCUGCACGUCACACACACAGGGUCUGAGCCCAGGAUGUUAUGACACCUACAACGCAGACAUCGAUUGUCAGUGGAUCGACAUCACAGAUGUGCAACCUGGACAAUAUACCCUCAAGAUCAGUGUAAAUCCUUCCUAUCAAGUUGAAGAAUCGGACUACUCCAACAACAUUGUGCGGUGUGACGUACGUUACACCGGCAACUAUGCCUAUGUAUCCGGGUGCCACAUGUCGCCAUAUUAAGACACAGCAGUGAUCCACUGAUAUUCAAGAAGUUUCCCCUGUGAAUGACUUUGACGCGUACAAAGAUCAACAGGGGAUGUGUGAAAGAUGAUAAUAUGUGACAUACUUUCAUUUUAGAAUAAAAAAUUUAGAAAAAAAUAAACAUAACCAUCAGCUAUUAUGGCACAAGAUUACAUUGAAUCCUCUUUGCUUUAUGAGGAAAAAACACCUCUGUUAUACUUUUUUCCCCUCUCUUGUAUCCCCUAUGCCUUUAUUGUAAGACACUUAAAUAAAUCUGUUAUAUUUAACAGCUUAAAGAAGAGAUUAAAACAACACAAUGUCCUUCAGUGCUUAGUCAUUGUAUCUUCUUUUCUUUUUUUGUCUUUUCUCUUCAGGGGUUGCCACAUUGAAUCUGCCUCCAUUUAGUCCCUUACUCAAUAUAUCAAAAAGUAAAAGCUAACUAAAAUGAAAAUGCAUUUAUUAUAUUUAUAUGCAGAAGAAAAAUGUCUUUAUUCUAAAGCUUUUGAUGGAGCUUUCAUAAAUAAAUUCGGCAGAUAUUGUCUCGAA